UCGUUUGACGACCCUAACCUAAUUACUAACCCAUCCACGUGGCCUAUAGCUUUAUAAUAAGUCAUGGAAGGUCAGUUUGAAGACGCUUUCCCUGGCCCUGUCCUUGAGAAACCAGUAGUUAACAAGAGUAAUGGCUGUCAGUCUGAGGAAGACGUUGAGUCUGACUGGACUGAUGAGGGUGAUUAUGAGCCCGACCUAGAGGAUUACAACUGGGAGAAUGAGAUUGGUAACUUUUCGAAAAAAUUGGCUGCUGUCAGAAGUGGCACUCAACCCAAUUCCAACAGAAGGCAGCCUCUUGCCUGUGGUGAUCGCUCCAAAGCUAUCGGAUCAAAGACCUUCGCUAGGUUUGAGAACAAGAUCAAUCUUGGAUCUAUUGAUGAACAGAGGAUACCCCACAUGGCAACGAAAUCUUUACUCGGAGUGUCAAAGGAGGUGAAUCGAUAUCGAACAAAAGACAAGGCAGAUCGAGCCACGACUGAACAAGUACUCGACCCUCGGACACGCAUGAUUAUGUUCAAGAUGCUCAGUCGAGAAUUCAUCACUGAGGUGAAUGGCUGUGUGAGUACUGGUAAAGAAGCUAAUGUAUACUAUGCUACCAGUCCCGAUGGAGACCGUGCUAUCAAGGUGUACAAGACCUCCAUCCUGGUGUUCAAAGAUCGUGACAAAUACGUAACCGGGGAGUUUCGCUUUCGACACGGCUACUCUAGACACAAUCCGAGGAAAAUGGUGCGUCUUUGGGCAGAGAAAGAAAUGAGGAAUUUAAAUCGUCUUCAUAGCAAUGGAGUAUUGUGCCCUAAACCAAUUCUCUUACGAAGCCAUGUCUUAGUGAUGGAGUUUAUGGGAAAAGACGGCUGGCCAUCGCCUAAGUUGAAAGAAGUUCAGAUUUCUGAGAGCAAAGCGAGAGAAUUAUACUUGGAGUGUGUGUUGAUAAUGAGAAGGAUUUACCACAAUUGCAAACUUGUUCAUGCCGAUCUUAGUGAGUACAACAUUCUACUGCACGAUGGACACAUUUGUGUAAUUGACGUCUCACAAUCUGUCGAACAUGACCACCCACAAGCACUUGAAUUCCUUCGAAAAGAUUGCACAAAUAUCACUGAUUUCUUCCGCAAAAACGAGGUGCCUGUAAUGUCUGUGAAAGAACUAUUCGACUUCAUAACAGACAUCACUAUCACUGAAAAUAAUAUAGAGGAGUACCUAGAGAUAGCCCAAGAGAGAGCUACUUCUCGUCCUUUGGGGGCAAAGUCAGCUGAAGAAGAGGUAUCAGAAGCAGUCUUUCAGCAGGUUUUCAUUCCACGGACUUUGGACGAGGUAGCUACCUUUGAGAAAGAUUAUCGCGAGCAACAGUCAGGCAAGGAGACAGACGUUUUGUAUCGGACUGUAACCGGACUAAGGUCUGAUUUGUCUGGAGCACGGGUUGUACCACAGCUACUGGUGGAUAAUGUUCAAGAGUGUCUGGAAAAUGAGCUGGAGUUAACUGACAGCAACAGUAGUGAAAGUGAAAGUGAAAGUGAGGGUGGAGAUCAGCCACUCAAAACGCAGUAUGUUCAUCCGAGGGGAAAGGCUAAACAAGAUAAGGAGAGGCUUGACGAGAAGAGGGCUCACAAACAAGCUGUAAAGGAGGAGAAGAGAGAGGCUCGCAGAAACAAGGUACCCAAACACAUUAAGAAGAAGAAAGAAAAAUGUUCUAAACAGAAAUAGUAGCUCCUCUUUAACUAUAUUCAUUCCUUCUAUGAUGUGUAUUGAACUACCUAAUUGUCAUAUUAAAGUAUACCGUGCGCUAUACAGUUUGCAAAUUUUGGGUUUCUUGCUUUUGCGACAAUUAUGUGUCACUUUAUAAUUAUGCUUAUAAUGAAG